GCCAUGUGGUAGGCAGGCACACACAUAGACGCUCUUUGCACAAAUACGCACACACACAGACACACACACAUACAGACACACACGCACAUGUAAAGGACAAAUCCUGAGAGACAAGAGCUCUGUGUGGAAGUGAGAGAAGCGCAAGAGGGGGAGGGGGUGGUCGGGUGAGGAAACACUCACAUUCACAUGCUCUCUCUCUCCCUCAUACACACACACACACACACACACACAGAACUAGAGCAGUGAAGAGGAGAAGAGAAGAGCUGGGAGGCAGGAGGGCUGCUGAACAAAGCAAGGGAAGGAGAGGGGAGUCCAUGGGAGAGCAGCAGCCGUGAAAUGCCUCGACGGGAGCCUGCCAGCUACUCCUGUAGCCACCUAAAGGUGUUGAGCUCCACCUGAGGAUGGCAGGAGAUUCUCGAGUCCACAUGGACCACGACAUGGAGAUAGGAGUCACACCCACAGCGGUGCAAAAGCUUCCUAAACACAUGCGGGAGGCCCAGAUCUCCACUGAGCGCACCCACCUCAUCGCCGACCCCAUCAAGAAGCCCCGGCAACGCUAUGUGCAGAAAGACGGCAAGUGCAACGUUCACCACGGCAACGUGCAGGAGACCUACCGUUACCUUAGCGACCUGUUCACCACCCUGGUGGACCUGCGCUGGCGCUUCAGCCUCUUCAUCUUCACUCUGGUCUACGUGGUCAACUGGCUGUUCUUCGGCCUGCUGUGGUACAUCAUCGCCCUGAUCCGAGGGGACCUGUGGCACAGCGACGAGGAGGGCUGGACCCCCUGUGUUGAGAACCUCAACAGCUUCGUCUCGGCCUUCCUCUUCUCCAUCGAGACGGAGACCACCAUCGGCUACGGCUACCGCGUCAUCACAGAGAAGUGCCCUGAGGGCAUCAUCCUGCUGCUGAUCCAGGCCAUCCUGGGCUCCAUUGUCAAUGCCAUGAUGGUGGGCUGCAUGUUCGUGAAGAUCUCCCAGCCCAAGAACCGCGCCGAGACGCUCAUGUUCUCCCACAAGGCGGUGAUCUCUGUGCGGGACAACAAGUUGUGUCUCAUGUUCAGAGUCGGGGACCUGCGCAACUCCCACAUCGUGGAGGCCUCCAUCCGGGCCAAGCUGAUCCGCUCACAGCAGACCAAGGAGGGGGAGUUCAUUCCUCUCAACCAGACGGAUAUCAACAUCGGCUUCGACACGGGAGACGACCGUCUCUUCCUGGUCUCCCCACUCAUAAUCUCCCAUGAGAUCAAUGAGAAGAGCCCCUUCUGGGAGCUGUCCCAGGCGCAGAUGGACAAGGAGGAGUUUGAGAUUGUGGUCAUCCUGGAGGGCAUGGUCGAAGCUACAGGGAUGACCUGCCAGGCCCGGAGCUCUUAUCUGGACAAAGAGGUGUUGUGGGGCUGGCGUUUCACCCCGGUCCUGUCUCUGGAGAAGGGCUUCUACGAGGUGGACUACAACAGCUUCCACGACAUCUACGAGACCAACACGCCAUCGUGCAGCGCUAAAGAGUUAGCCGCUACGCUACGAGAGGGCCAGCUGCUCCCCACGCUCUCUCUGCUGACGCCCGAGCCCCCCAAACCCUACACCCUGGACCCCCUGCCCACCCACAACCCUCUCACCAAAGAGGUGGACAAAGGAGAGGAGGGGGAGAGGGGGGAGAUCAACGGCUCAGCUGCAGCUUUGGAAGACCAGCCUACACUGGACUGAUUACUUCAGAUAAGCCAAACCAGAAACAAAGUUACUAAAGACUAUGCUUAAUUUAGUCAAUGGCCAGCUUGUUCCAUUGCAUUGCUUGGAGAUCAAAGAUCCCCCCCUCCCCAUGCAAUACUUCUCUAGAGUGUCAAUCUAUAGUAUAUAUUUGUUUUGUAUACACAAAUACACACAAACACACACACACAUACACACACACUUAUACAUAAACGUACACAUAAUAUGCUCCGGAUUGGUCGUAUUGUCUUUUUAUAUUUGAGGCGACCACAUAUUUCCAUUACAGUAGUAAUAGUUCAAGUGAUAUACUGUAACCUGAAGUGGAACAGUUAGCCAUGACGAACGAAUAUCACAGCUUACAAAUGAUCCAAUAUCCUCAUUUUAGAGGUUGUUGAUUCUGCUGAUCGAGUAUUGAUUCCAUCUCUUGGCUAAUAUCGCCCCACGUUGCUCCCUGCUGCUUCUAACACAGUGACAGAAUAUGUGCGGACCAGAUCAUUAUCUUCAAUUCUAUCACGCUUUGUUAUUACUCCACUACGGAAACUCUUAACUGAAGGCAAUAUGUACGCAGCCGCGCUUUAGCACUCCUUCGUUCCUGUAGGCAGGAAUUGGAGCUCAGCUCAGUUCAGCUCGCCGCUAUAGAUCAAGCUCUGUCUCUUUGUAUUGGGUACGAUUAGCCCCGUUUCGCAUUUUGUCCAAUCACCCUCGCGUUUCCACUGUCAUGCUUAAUCGCAUUACGUGUGAUGAAUAUACUAGAGCAAAACACAGGGCCCAGACAGCCCCUCAGUAUUGGACCCAGAGGAACGGGCAGUGCCUCAUUUUGAUACUCAUGAUACAUAAGCACAAGUUCUGUGACCCUGAUAUGCCCCCCCUUCCUUCCCUCCAUCCCUGUCCCCCCUCCUGCCCCUGACUGGUGCAUAUUUUAGUGCAGGGUUCUUCAAUUCCGGUCCUGGAGGGCCGAAACACUUCUGUUUUUAUUUCUACCUGGUAGUUAAUUGCA